CUGCACGCUCCGCCUCUCGGCCGGCCCCCGGGCCUCAGCCAGCCCUGUCCCGAGCGAAGUUCAGCCCAGCAUUUGCACCGGUCGUGAGCGGUGCUGCGUUCUCUCUCCGGCCCCAGUCCUGGCAGCCGAGCAGCCCUGGCAAUGGCAGGCCGCAAGGCACUCAUCGUGCUGGCGCACCCCGAGAAAACUUCUUUCAACCACGCCAUGGCAGAAGCAGCCAGCAGCGCGCUGCGGGACAAGGGCUGGGACGUCACCAUCUCUGACCUCUACGCCAUAGGUUUCAGCGCUGUGCUCUCUCGGCACGACAUCACUGGGCCCCUCAAGAACCCUGAGCGCUUUGUCUACGAGGAGGAGACAGGACAUGCUUGGAAGGAGGGACGCCUCAGCAGCGACAUCGUCGCUGAGCAGAAGAAGAUUGAAGCGGCCGACCUGAUCAUCUUCCAGUUCCCGCUGCAGUGGUUCGGGAUGCCGGCCAUCCUCAAGGGCUGGUUUGACCGCGUUUUCACCGAGGGCUUUGCCUAUUCCAUGGCCAGCAUGUACGACCAGGGGCCCUUCCAGAAGAAGAAAGCCAUGCUGUCACUCACCACCGGCGGGAUGGGCUCCAUGUACAGCCCCAGCGGCAUCAACGGCGACAUGAACGUGCUGCUCUGGCCCAUGCAGCGGGGGGCCCUGCACUUCUGCGGCUUCCAGGUGCUGGCGCCCCAGAUUUGCUACAGUGUGCGCUAUGUGGGCCCUGAGGUGCGGGCACAGAUGCUGAGUGCAUGGAGGAGCCGCCUGGGCGCCGUGGAGCAGGAGAAGCCCCUCACCUUCAUUCCCAACAGCUGCUUUGAGCUGAGCUGGGCCGGUGGCUACGUGCUGAAGCGUGAGGUGCUGGCGCAGCAAGAGGGGCAGCAGCAUGGCCUGACAGUGGGGCAGCACUUGGGCAAGGCCAUCCCACCCGACGGGCAGGUCCGGGCUCAGGAGUAGGAGCCAGGCCCUGCACCUGUGCUGAGGCUGAGGCCUGGCCUCACAACACUGCGCUGCCAGGGCCUGUGGGCCACAAGGGCAGCCCCCGCUCCUUCAUGCUCUUCUGUUUUUCCGCUUUCUCCUUCCUGCCAUUAUUCCGCACAAUUUUACUCAAAAUUAAGGCCUUCAGGGCACAGCCUGUGGUUGGGGCCUGCGUGAACGCUGCAAUAAACUGAGGUCCAGAACA